UAUAAGUUGGUCUCGCCUUUUACUUGCCCCGAGACAAGCAAAUGGAUUUCAGAAGAAGCCCUCUUUGAAGUGGUGCUUACGUCCAAGUAAAUAUGCAUAGGGUUGGAGUCUCAGCUCAUUUAAGUUGUUACCCAGGUGGCGGCAAGGACUUGGCACAUGAACUCCAAAGGAAAUGAUUCAACAUUCUUCACGAUGGACCCCUCGCUUGAUCUGAAGCUAAAGAAAGAGAUUUAUGGUUAUAUCAGCUUCCACCUGGAAUGUGUGCAAAAUGCUGACCAAACUGCUCAGGAUAUUGCCAAGACAGUUGGAAAGCUUAACAUCAAGCUGGCCAUCAAUAUUUUGGCAGAAGAAAUGCAAAAGGAGGAGGCACCUGAGAAAACCAGCACGCAAGCCAGCAUGGUCCUUCUCUCUCUGGCCGGUUCUCACUUCAAUGACGUGAUGUACGAGCUUCAAAGGAACGUCAAGACUGGAACACUUCCUCACCACAUGGUCUUCAGGACUCUGGGAAACCUGGCCUCUCGUUACGCUCUCAAAUGCAUCCCGUUUUUGUCUCUGACCUUUCUGUAUAUAAGGUUGAUGCUCAAGUUGCCUAUGAUCAGCCACAUGAAGGAAGAAAUAUGUUAUGUUAUGGAAAAUUUCUGCACCGCAAUCAAUUAUUACUACAAAAACUGGAGGGUGUGUUCCUUCCCAAGAGAAGCCGAAUCCCAGCUCUGCAGUCCUGUCCUUCCCAUCUAUCACCGUCUGAUUGGCGACUGGCUCCGGGACGAGGAAACAAAAGUCAAGGAGGCGUCUGUGAAAGCUCAAUGGCCAAUGUUAGGCGUCCUGGUUCGUCGUCGAGAGCAACAAGAGGAAAUCAUCCGGAAUAUUCCAAAAGUCCUCCUCGACAGCAAGAUCCUUGACUCUUUCUUCGUCGCUAAAAUGCUCAGCCUUUUCCUUGACGUCUGCGAGGAGUGUAAACCCCACAUUCCCAAGAAGAUAUUCCAAACUCUUUGUGACUUUGUGUUCAAACAGAUCCUCCCAGUUGGCACUCCAGUCCAACAGUCAAAGAAGUCUCCAAAGAUUGUGGAGCGGUUCUUCCAUCACAGCCAGAAACCUGAAAUCCAAACGACGGCAUUUGAAAAAAAGGCAGAGAAAGGAGAAUCAUCUACGUAUGACCUGUCUGUUUAUGGAGAACAACAGCUCUGCAGAGAUCAUUGCAAUAUCCUUAUGGAUUCUUUUGGCCAUUUAGUCUCCUGUUGCCCUGCGGAAGCACUGGAUUUCUUGCAGACCCAGAUGAAGGAAGAUGCCGAAGAAAUCCGAGUGGAAUUCUUAAGGAACCUGAAAAUGAUUGUGGGCAGGGAUGAGCAAAGUUCAACCAAAAAUCGCAAGAAACCGAUUGUGGAAGCUGUGAAAUGCCUGAUGGAUGACCACCGUCAAACAGUAAGAAAAGCAAUCCUGUCCUUUAUUAAGGAGCUCCUUCGCUCUCAGAGUGUGGAGGGUUGUGCCGUAUGGGACAUGGUAGCCUACAUCUUCCAACAAUUCACUGUACCUUUCAACCAACCGGGAAAAGACCAUCUUCCCAAUCAGAAAGAAAGAGAGAAAGAAGAGCACAUUCAAGAACUUUGCAUUGAUGCCUUGGAGCAGCUCAACACGUCUGCCGAAGGGAUGAGUAAAGCUCUCUGGCCAAAGCUGCUUCUCUUUGUGGUUCCAGCACCAUAUACGCCAACUUUGGUCCCCCUUUGUAGAUGUUUGAAGGAACUGGCUGCUAUCCGGCAGGACGAAUCCAUCCUUUUCCUUGGCUCAUGCAAAGGAGUGAACCUUCCAAGUGCCCAAGGAAUAAUGGCAAGACUCCUGGUCUUGGCCUCCAAUCCGACCCAGAGAGGCAGCUGGGCUUUGCAGCUUUUGCAUGUCCUCCAUAGCAACAUCCAUUCAGCCGUCCGAAAGUUGUGGUCCAAACAAAUCCCGUGCCUUUGGGAGUUCUUCCAAGUGGAAAGCCCAGGAGUCAGCAGCCCUGAAUGGCAGCAGAAGCUGUUGCAGUUUCUUAGAAGGUCCCUGGAGACCAUUGAUGAUAACACUUGGAGCCAGAACUUGAGCAGAGAACUGGAAAAUCAGAUGACCAGCUACUCCGAUCAAUCAACAGAAAAGAGCUUCCUUUACAAAGCUUUGGGAGUUUCGCUGGCAAGUUGUGAUGAUCUGAACUUUGUUCAAGAGCAGAUGCAGCACUUGAUCAAGAAUGCCAAUUAUUUGGAAGCAUCAGAGAGAGAGAAAGUCAUCCAGGUCCUUUCCUUUUCUGCCGUGAGUCACUUUGACCUGACUCUGGCCACGCUGCAUGCGUUUGGAGCCGAAAUGGGUCAGAAAAUUCAGUUUCUCGAUAUCGUCAGUCGCUAUAAGGACUACCAGAGAGGCAGAAGGAGCCACAUUCACCAAACGCUGAUGCUCACGUAUGGCAAAGUGGCUGCCCAAGGCCCCAAGGAGCUCCUGCUCUCCAGGGUGGAGAAUGGCUUCUUGAAGCGAGUCCUCCUCCAUCACCAGAUGAGCUGCCAGGUGUUGGGUGUUAGCAUUGAAAUCAAGGACAUAAACCUCAAGCUGGCCUUCGUUCAAAGCACGAUAGAUAUCUGCCAGGCCAUCCAUCAGACCAAGGAUUUCCAGAACGUCAAAUUAUCCUGCAAAAAGGAACUGCUUGAUAUUUUGUUGGAUUUCAUGAAGGAUGAACCACUAGAUUCUCUGGAGACUCCACUUCGUCAGAAAGCCAUCACUGCCAUUGCAAUUCUGAGCAAAGUGAAGCCUCUUCUUAGCACAGAGGACAUCCGCACUGUCUUGGAUGAAAGCAUCAAAAGUUUGUUUCCGCUCCCUCCCCUGGAACAACUGAAGGAGAAAGCAGAGACAGAAAAGGAUGUGCUAGAUAUCGAGGAACUAUACACUUCCUCCAUGGAUGCCUUUGGAGACCUUUUGAAGAGCAUCAUUGAGGAAAACCCAACUUCAGAGCUGCUGGAUGAAAUGUUCCAGUUGAUAGAUCCCUGGUUUACGGAAAGAGAAUGCAGCAGAGAGAGAGCAUUGCAGGCCAGCUUCCAAGUGCUGGCUGCCUUCCAGGAGAAUGUCCACCUUCCUGAGGGAGAAAACUUCCCACAGUUUGGGUCCCUGGUUGCCUUCCUUGCCCCAUACACCUGUGACCGUUCCAUCCAGUGCCGCCAAUGGGCAGCCCAAUGUAUCACCUGCCUGAUGUACAUACAAGCUAAGUCCAAAGUCACAUAUGCAGAAGAAGAAGAGAUGUUCUCUGCCUAUGCCGAGCUACAGGGCGACGUCUCCAGCGAUCUCUUCAAUGCCUCCACUAGAAUGGCCAAAGUGAUCAGCGUCUACUUCCCAUCUGAUCAAGCCCUGGAUUUCAUAGAGGCCAUCCUGGAAGACCUUGUAUCCGGAAACCAAAUGUGUGCCAUGGCUGCCGGUCACUGGCUACUGACCAUCCUCCAGGACUGUGGCGAUGGGAUGGAAGCCCAGAUAUCUGCAAUCCUAGAUGUAUUCUACAGCCGCCUGCCAACCAUCAAGCAAGAUGAUUUGCGAGGUGUCCUUGUGGAUGCCGUGUCCGUUGUCGCUCACUUUCAUCUGGACACUGUGUUCAACAGCCUCCUGUGCCGCCGUCUUCCGAUGGACAGUGAGACUGGAGAACUCUGGAGGUCCCUGGGCCAAGAUCCUGUCCUGGCCUUGUUGAUUCUGCAUAAGCUAGCAGUCUGCAUAAUGCAGCCUUCAAACUUCCAAGCUGCUUCACACUCAGGUAGUGAGGAAAGUGAAGAAGUUGCUGAGGAAGAACCUCUCAAAGCCACCUGCGCCAUCUACGAAGUCCUCUCUGUUCUGGAAGAUGAAGACGUCCUCCAGGAGCUCUUCCCAGACCUGCUUUAUGCUCUCUUGUGGCAGGUCAGCAAGACACUGGGGCAGAGAAUGCCUUUCUGCGGGGGACGCCGGAGGCUCUUCCGAAGGGAACAGCAGGUCUCAGAGGGCAACCCUUGCCGACUUUCCGUGGCAAGCCUGAAGGCUCUGAUUUUGAAAGUUACCUCUGAUCCAUCACUUGCAGAAAUUGGCGAGGUGAAUGUCUGGGCCUUACUCAGAGAUCCAGAAACCCACCAGAAAGGCGUUUGUGUGCUGACCAGUCGACUGUUUCAGAAUGGAUUGCUGACCCCCAAGGCCAUCCAAAAUGUCCUCCCCUGGAUGAAUUCGGAAUCUGAAAAGCUUAAGCUGACGGGAAUUGCCUUCUUUACAGAGGUGAUUCAGGAUCCCAUGCUAAGAGAGAGGGAGCAACUGAGAUCGAUCCUUACGACCCUGCUACAGAGAGCAGGAGACCAGCAUCCAGGCAUCCGACGGAUGGCCCUCAAAGGCCUUGGCAACAUUGUCCUUGUGGCACCUGACAAGGUUAAAAAACAGAAGAAGACCAUUGUGGCGAUUCUCCUUGGCGCUUUGUACGAUGCCAAGGUGGUCCUUGAGAGUCUGGAGAUGCUUGCCCUGGUUCUUCCUCGGUUGAAACAGAAGGAAGUGAGUUUCCUCUUCAAAGACAUCACGCUGAAGACUACCACCUACAUGUCUGACGACAACACUGAUCUUCGCAAGGCCGCAUUGCACCUUUUUGGAGUCCUGGCGGAAUGGACAAAGCUCAGGUACAAAAGAUUUUUUAUUGAGCAGGUCAGGAAGAGCUUGGUACCACUCCUCAUCCACCAGCGUGACCCCAGCCCCAAGGUCUCUGAGGCCUGCAGAGCUACUUUUCUGAAGUGUGUGCAAUUUUUGGCCAAAAGGAAGCUCCGGGGCUACAUUGAAGAACUCUACCGUGUCACCAAUUUGAACCUCCCGAAUCUUCAGGGCCACAUCUGUGUGCAAGUGAUCAAUGCCCACCCAGAGCUGAGAGGGGAGCUGCUGAGAAGGACGGCAGGAUAUUUCCAAAGCAGCUGGGAAGAGCUGCAAACAAGAGCCCUGGAACUGACAGGAGUCAUGUUGGAAAGCAUGCAAGUCACAGAUCUAGACCAAGCAACAUGGGAGUUUCUACUGAAAUCUCUGGAGACGUUUCAGAAGAGCUCCAACCAAGACCUUCAAGAGGUGGCUGCUGAUUUGGUGACCUAUAUCAGCAAGAAAUGGGGGGAACUCCCCGAAAGAAAAGAAACUCUUUCCAGGGAAAGUAUCAACAAUCAAGAAAUUGACCCUUAUUGCGUAACGCAACCUGAUACCACCUUGGAAGGUUUGUCAACCCAAUCUCUGCAUAAGUAACCUCUGAGUACUUGGAGCCUUGCUUUUGCCAUGACAAGAGGAGGAAAUGAUCUUGAUUCCAGCAGAAGAAAUGGCAGGAACCGCACUCUUGCCCUCUGCCACCUGUACACUUAGGAACAACUCAAUAAACUUCCAUUGUUGUACAUCC